CUAGUUUUGAAGCUAAAAACUGGAUUAGAAAUCUGUAUUACCUUUGAUACACAUUUUAUAUUUUUGUUCAUAAUUCAAGCUGUGUAAAUAUAUAACUGGAUAUAUCUUUAAACAGAUGACCUGCAUGUUAUUCCAUAAAUGUUACAAAGUAGUAGUUAAAGAACUCAUGGAGAAUUUUUCUGGUAAACUUGUAGCUUGUGUCAUGGCUAAAUAUUCAGAGGGUAAUAUGGCCUUGUUGUUUAGUGUCUCCUUUCUAAAGAGCACUUUUGUAUUGUAACUUAUUUUUUAUUAUGCCUUAAACGGUAUGUAAAUAAACCUUUAGUAAUAAAGAAUUAUUUGCUUAUAUACAAAUCUGAAAAUUUUACAUAGCAGGUAACAGAAAAUGGGUGUGUAUUUUAUUUGCACUGAAAGUUUUCUUAGUAGAGACAACCUGGAAUAAUGGAUAGAAUUAAUUUAAUUUCUACUGGAUAAAUAAAAGCAUAUUUCCAUAGAAUUUUAAGUGGAUAAAUCAAAGCAGAUUUCCAUAGAAUUUUCACACUGCUUUGGAUAGAUGGGAAUUGGGCAUAACAACACUAUUUAGUUUUGGAACUCUUUUGAGACAGGGUCUCUUUGUAGCUCAGGCUGACCUGGAACUCUGCUGUGUAGCCCUGGCUGGCCUUGAAAUUACAGUAGUCCUAUCUCAGCCUCCUGACUGCUGGGAUUACAAUGUAUGCUACCACACUUGGCUCAGUUUGUGGACUCUUGAAGGUACCGUACCAACUAUUCUAUUUGGUACUCUUGCAUUACUACUCUUACUAGAGAAAAUUACCAACGUCCAAGUCUAGUAAAGGAAUGGCAGAAAUGGAAAGUUAUUAAAUAUUCCCAAAGUCUGAAGUAUACUUUUGUUCCACUGCUGCUUUCAUUAGAUCAUGUGGUGAUUACUUACGUUGGGUUGACUAAUUCUAACAUUCAGAACAAUGUAGCACCAUUUCACUUCAACUAAUUUUCCAGCCAAAAGACACAAACUUGAGACCCUUCACCUCUUCAAACACGCUGCAGUGAUAUGCUCGUCAUCGCCACUGUCAACAGUAAUUUAAUAAACACCCAAUUCUGGAUUCACUAACAGCUACAUUUAAAAAGACAAGAACCAAAGAAACUUUAGGCGUGUAUGACCACAAAGGCCUAAUAAAUAUUUAUCUAUUGGCUGAUCUCACAUGUCCUUAGCGGUCUCACAGCUCUAACUUUACGGAACUCUACUGCGAGAAUUCAACAAAAGUAAUAUCUAGAGGAAUAAGCCUCUGAAAUACAGGUUCAAGAUUAUUCCUGCAGAAUUCCAUUAAAAAUAAAAUAGAUUUCCCAAAGUCUUUAGUCUACUUCAAUGUCAAGCAAAGGGGAGCAAUCAGGUCCCAUUUGAGAGUCAAAGAAUCGCUGGUCAGUGAAACCAGGUAAAGUUCCGUAAAGAAGCCAUGUCUCCGGCAACUCCAGAUCGCCAUUUUAAAUCUUCUCACUGCCUUCCGCCCUGCGUCACUUCCGUUGUUACCUGCGAGGUUACCGGCAGCCGCAAACAAGGUGGGCAAGUGUCUGAAGAGCUGCCGGGAUGCGGCAGAGCGCAGCGGCUGGAGGCCGGGGGUGCGCUCCCUUUCCCCUGCUGGGCGUCCUGGUCUUGCAGGGGGUGUGUACCGUCCUUUCCUUGGAGAUUAAGGCAGAUGCCCACGUCCAAGGUUAUGUUGGAGAAAAGAUCAAGUUGAAAUGCACCUUCAAGUCAACUUCGGAUGUCACUGACAAACUGACCGUAGACUGGACAUACCGCCCUCCCAGGAGCAGUCGCACAGAAUCUAUUUUUCAUUAUCAGUCUUUCCAGUACCCAACCACAGCAGGCACGUUUCGGGAUCGGAUCUCCUGGGCUGGAGACGUAUAUAAAGGAGAUGCAUCCAUAAGCAUCCGCAACCCUACCUUGAAGGACAAUGGAACCUUCAGCUGUGCUGUGAAGAAUCCCCCAGAUGUGCACCAUAAUAUUCCCAUGACAGAGCUGAUGGUCACAGAAAGGGUUUUUGGCACCAUGCUGUCCUCUGUGGCCCUUCUUUCCUUUCUUAUCUUCAUUCCCUCAGCAGUGGUAGUUGUUCUGCUCCUGCUGAGAAUGGGGAGGAAGGCUGCGGAGAUGAAGAAGAGGAGCAAGUCUGGCUAUAAGAAGUCUUCUAUUGAAGUUUCAGAUGACACUGACCAGGAAGAGAAAGAUGAGUGCAUGCCGAGGCUUUGUGUCCGUUGUGCUGAGUGCCUGGAUUCAGACUAUGAAGAUACAUACUGAUGAAAGUCUGCAUGAUGUAAGAAGGAUUACCUAAUAACAGAAGAUAUCCCAUUCCCAUGGCCACCAACACCUCUCAGAGGAGGGAGCUGGCCCAGGCAACAGUGAUGGGGGAUUCUGGAGGUCAUUAGUAAAGACUUUAGGAUCCAUUUAUUUAUUGAAGAAAUGUUCUUUUUGUAUUUAUAAACUGUUGAGAAACUCUCAGAAGAGACUCAUGACUUCAGAUUUUAAUAAGUUAUACUCUUAUCGAAUGAAGAACUUCUUUUCCAGAACA